AUGAGAUUCCUCUGUACGGGUCGUAUGAACAGAAGCCCAUCAUUGCCAUUUGUAUUACCUCUUGGGGACAAGCCUUGUGGUAAAUGUUUGUCACACGAUUUUGAACCUCAAACUGUACUUGAAGUCGACACUAAACGUAAGUUGAACCUCUUUCUUCAAACUAAUGAUCUAAAUGUAAGAUAGGCUUAAAAGCUAAGUUUGGAUUUCGGCCUCAAGAGUUAUAACAGUGAAUAUGAAAACCAGCUAAAUCUCUGUUUUAUAACUAAUUUUUCGUCUCAUUUCACUUAUUUUUUGAAAUUUUGCGCUUUUCUCAGCCCACUUGAGAGCUGAUUUUGUGAAUAUUUCGACUGUUUCCGUGUUAUCUACAGGUUAAGUGGGCUUAUUCUCCACUUGAAGUGGACCUGAACGGUUUGCAAUUAGUUUUUUUUCUUUGGUUUUGGGUUUUGCUGUCUCAAAUUUAAUAUAUUAGUAAUAUAAAUAUAUUCUAUUUUCUAGUACCUAAACAUGGGUCUUUAUACAAAAUAUUAAAAUUUUACGAAAUUUAUUAAAUUUUACAAUACCAAUUAAUGUAUGACAAGGUAUUGUACUGUGAAGACUGUGACCGUACUUCCGGCCGAUCACUCAUGAAGUCGGCUGAUGUGCGGCCAAGCCUAUUACCACUCGAAAGUGAAUUUGUUUUCGCAAACAACUAGAUACUCGCUCCUCGGGCAUUAGCUAACGAUCGCUUACUUUUUAUCAAAUUCAUUUUUUGAUAGCGAAAAACUGUCAGCUGUGGGGGAUUUUGACAUUUUCUUGAGGUCUGUGUUUUUUCAAAUGUUUUAGGGCUCGUUUCUGAUAGAUUAUGGAUCUUGCUGACUGUUAGAUUUAUAAAUUUUAUUGGAGGAAGGGGGAUAAUGGAAUUAAAUGGUAUAGUAGUUUUGCUUUGUAGUUUUUAAAAUUAUUUUUUGGUCGGUAACGGCGUUUGGAAGAUAAGAAGAAAAAAAUGAUAUAUUAAAGAUUAUUUUUCGAAAAAUAACUUUCAAUUGAUAAUUUUCAAUUUAUGUAGUACCCUACUUUUGUCUCUAUUGAUAUAGUAUUAGAAGCUUGUGACAUUGUUUAAGAAAACCACAUUGAAAAUUUUAAAAAGAAUUUAAAGGACACGUGUCACCUGUUUCAAUUGCAAAUUAAUGCCAAUUGUUGAAGACAAUAAAGAGUCAUAUAUCAUCGAAUUUGAUGAGACGGCCAUGGAAAACAAUGCUUGAUCUGCUUGAAUCAAGUGAAGAUUUGAAAAAUGGCUUGAAAUUUAAAAAAUAACCUGCGUGAUCAAAGUUUUUUUGCGUGAGCAAGGUAUUCUGAUAUCGUAUCUUAUUGGAUUUACUCUGAAUUUUGUACUUUUAAUAAUUUUGUUUUCUGUAGGCCAUGUGACGUAGAUGACAAACUUGUAGAAGAUCCUGUAGUACAUUUAGAAAGACACAGCCGUACAAUUAGACCAGUUUCAAACUAACUUUUAUAUUUCUUUUUACUUUUACCAUCUUCAACCUAUACCUUUACCAUCUUUAUAACCACGAGUUCAAUAUCGAAGUGUCGAACUCAUCAGCUCGCGAUUACGUCGAUCACACCUGACCUUCAAAUCAGCUUGACCUGUCCACUUUUCUCGGAAAUUCGUCAAAACUGGCAGCCCGCAGGGACUGGUUCGGCGAUUGGGACGCGCCACACGGACCCGCCCGCCACAUCCCGUCGAAACCCUCAUCUCUGGUCUUGUGGUCGCCCAACUGGAAGACCGAAUCAUUAACGUUGAGUGCGAUCAGUGGCGACAUCGAAGACAACCUAUCCGAGUGGUCGAGCAGUCUGGCUAAAAGUGGCAGCGAACGGUUGUUUGUACUUCCGCCGACCACCAAGGACUUGCUACAUCGGCCGCAGCUUGCGGAUUUGGAAGAGGGUAAGUAUUUUAUAUUUUUUAAAAUUUUUAAUCUUUUUUUAAUUCUUGAAUUUGCAAUUUAUUGGUGAUAUAAGUAGUUUCAUAAAGAAAUAUAUCAAAUAUUUAUUUAUUUUCAAGAAUUCACUCGUACAGUCAUAAUAUAACAUAAAAUCAAUAUAAUAUAAAAUAUUAACCAUUUUAAACGGCGUGCCUCAUUGGCUCAGGGGCAGAGCGUCUGUCUAGUAAACAGAAGGUCGCUGGUUCGAUUCCAGCAUGAGGCAUUUCGUUUUAUGGCCUUUUAAAAAUUUUAUCUUUUAAUAAAAAGAAUAAUGUAAAUUAUAUUUUGAUUUCAGAAUCUCCUUUUAAUUUUAAAUUAUCUGUUAUUUUUCAGAAACCCAAUCAACAUCUUCAAUAUCUCGUCACCCUUCAGACCCUCUCCCAGAUUCGCCUUACUCUGUUGUCAAAAAGCUCAACAAACAACUAGCACAACCAGGACAACCACGACCGUCAGCAGCCAAGUCAACAGUGUCUCAAGUAACUAGAACGACUUUAGAGCCAAUUGUGGAAUCCAGAGGAACUCCAGAUUCCGUAUCAGUCUCUGAAGCUACUCAACAGACUACAAUAAUCGAAAACCAUCCAAGUUUGCUAGGGACAGUUCAAGCAACUCUAGCUGACAAAGUUAUCAAGAACAAGUUUGAGGAAAACCUGAACAAGUGUCUGGAACAAAGUCUGAAGAAGAGUGCCAGCUCCUCCACAUUAGCUAGCUACAAACGAGAGCAGAAUAAAAGUGCAAAAGAGUCUGUCAAAGCCAAUUCUGCAUCUCCACAGCUCGUGAAGCGAGAGUUUGCAGUGCCAGAAGAGAAUACGUCAGAAGAGGAUUCUCCAAAGAGAGCCAAGAAGGACCUGAAACGUCGGAACUCAUUGGUCAAACAGCUGAGCAAGAUGUUGCAAAAGAUUCUGCCACAACGACACAAGAAUGAAGACUUGACGUUGAUGGAUGAGAAGAGGAUCAAGCAUCAGCUGAAGACGAAUUCCUUGCCGGCUACACCGUUGAGUCAUCGGAAGCCACCGAAGAAGGCAGAUAUGAAUGGAAGUGUUAAAAUCAAAAACGGUAUGUAUUGGUACUAUUAUAUUGCUUUUAAAGUUUUGAAACAUUUGAUUUUGGGCAUUCAGAGAUUGCUGUUGGAGAAUUUUUUCAAUUUUUUGUUUUUUUUGCUUUUUGUGCCACUUUGCAACUCAUCAGCUUUUUCCGGAAUUUGAGGAUUUAUAACAAAGCCUCAUUGUCAUUAUUUUGGGCGUUUAUUUAGCCGCAGGCGAAAGGCAUUUAAUCUUCUUGCGAUUGCUGAUAAAUGGAGCUUUUGGCUCUUUUUCAUGGGAUUUUAAAAGACAAAAGAUCAGUGUAAAGUUAAGACAUUCAAAUGAAACGUCACUCAUUAAUCCGACGUGA